GGGGGCGGCUUUGGGCCGGCAGCCUCCGGGGAGUCCGGCUGGGGAGCCCGGCCGCUGGGGGCGCACCUGGGGGGGCGGGUGCGCCCGGACAGCCCAGUGCGCUGGGGGCGCGCUGGGGGCUCCCCGGCUGUGCGCGCUCAUUGGCCGAGACUCGGUGUGCUCCGCAGCUUCCAACUUCUCCCGGAUCCCGGAUCCCGCCGAGUUUAGGUGAUGGGCAGAUCAGAAAGUCAGAUGGAUAUAACUGAUAUGAACACUCCAAGGCCAAAGAAGAAACAGAGAUGGACCCCACUGGAAAUCAGUCUGUCUGUGCUGGUCUUACUCCUUACUAUUAUCGCUGUGACCAUGAUUGCACUCUAUGCAACCUAUGAUGAUGGAAUUUGCAAGUCAUCAGACUGCAUAAAGUCAGCUGCUCGACUGAUCCAGAACAUGGAUGCCACCGUUGAGCCCUGUAUAGACUUCUUCAAGUAUGCCUGUGGGGGCUGGCUGAAACGCAAUGUCAUUCCUGAGACCAGUUCCCGUUACAGUAACUUUGACAUUUUACGAGAUGAACUAGAAGUCGUUUUGAAAGAUGUUCUUCAGGAGCCCAAAACCGAAGAUAUAGAAGCAGUGCAGAAAGCAAAGACAUUGUACAGAUCUUGCAUCAAUGAGUCUGCUGUGAAUAACAGAGGUGGGGAACCUCUGCUCAAACUCUUGCCAGAACUGUAUGAUUGGCCUGUAGCGACAGAAAGCUGGGAGCAAACACAUGGUGCGUCUUGGACAGCUGAGAAAUCGAUGGCACUAUUGAGUUCUAAGUAUGGGAAAAAAGUCCUUAUCAAUAUUUUUGUUGGCACUGAUGAUAAGAACUCCAUGAACUAUAUAAUUCAUGUUGACCAACCUCAACUUGGCCUGCCUUCUAGAGACUACUAUGAAUGCACUGGAGUAUAUACGGAGGCUUGCAACGCAUAUUUGGAUUUUAUGAUUUCUGUGGCCAAAUUGAUUCGUCAAGAGAGAAAACUAGACAUCAAUGAAACCCAGAUUUUCUUGGAAAUGACUAAAGCUAUGGAGCUGGAAAAAGAAAUCGCUAAUGCCACAACUAAACCUGAAGAUCGAAAUGACCCAAUGCUUCUUUAUAAAAAAAUGACAUUAGCUCAGAUCCAAGGUAACUUUUCACUGGAUAUCAAUGGGAAGCCAUUCAGCUGGUCAAAUUUCACAAAUGAAAUUAUGUCAACUGUGAAUAUUAAUAUUCCAAAUGAAGAAGAUGUGGUUGUUUAUGCUCCAGAAUAUUUAACUAAACUUCAUUCCAUUCUUACCAAAUAUACUGCCAGAGAUCUUCAAAAUUUAAUGUCCUGGCGGUUCAUAAUGGAUCUUGUAAGCAGCCUCAGCCGAACCUACAAGGAGUCCAGAAAUGCUUUUCGCAAGGCCAUCUAUGGCACAACAUCAGAAACUGCCACUUGGAGGCGUUGUGCCAACUAUGUCAAUGGGAAUAUGGAAAAUGUCGUGGGAAGGCUGUAUGUGGAAGCAGCAUUUGCUGGGAAGAGUAAACACAUGGUUGAGAAUUUGAUCGCAGAGAUCCGGGAAGUUUUUAUUCAGACUUUAGAUGACCUUAUUUGGAUGGAUGCUGAAACAAAAAAGAAAGCUGAAGAGAAGGCUGUAGCAAUUAAAGAAAGGAUCGGCUACCCUGAUGACAUUAUUACCGAUGAUAAGAAGCUGAAUGAUGAGUACCUCCAGUUGAACUACAAGGAAGAUGAAUACUUUGAGAACAUAAUUCAAAAUUUGAAGUUCGGUCAAAACAAACAACUAAAGAAGCUUCGAGAAAAGGUGGACAAGAAUGAGUGGAUAAGUGGAGCUGCUAUAGUCAAUGCAUUUUAUUCUUCAGGCAGAAAUCAGAUAGUCUUCCCAGCUGGCAUUCUGCAGCCCCCCUUCUUCAGCGCGCAGCAGUCUAACUCACUGAACUACGGGGGCAUCGGAAUGGUCAUUGGACACGAGAUCACUCAUGGCUUCGAUGACAAUGGCAGAAACUUCAACAAAGAUGGCGACCUUGUUGACUGGUGGACACAACAGUCUGCAAAUAACUUUAAAAAACAGUCGCAGUGCAUGGUGCACCAGUACAGCAACUUCUCCUGGGAUCUAGCAGGUGGACAACAUCUCAAUGGAGUCAAUACUCUGGGAGAAAACAUUGCUGACAAUGGAGGUAUUGGCCAGGCAUACAGAGCCUACCAAAAUUAUGUUAAAAAGAAUGGUGAAGAAAAAUUGCUUCCUGGACUUGACCUAAAUCACAAGCAACUGUUCUUCUUAAACUUUGCCCAGGUGUGGUGUGGGACCUACCGGCCAGAGUAUGCAAUCAAUUCCAUUAAAACAGAUGUGCACAGUCCAGGCAAUUUCAGGAUCAUUGGAACGUUACAGAACUCCCCUGAAUUUGCAGAAGCCUUUUAUUGCCGUAAGAAUUCCUACAUGAACCCAGAGAAGAAAUGCCGGGUUUGGUGAUCUUCAGAUGAAGAGGUGGAUUUGUGGACAAUACAGAAAUGGAGACCCCUGUCUAAAAUGCAAAGGGUCCCAGAGGUCACUGCCACUGCAUGUGACCCCUGACAGAGAUGAGAACAUCAUGAUAGAAAGGAAGUUAGGUGAUUCUGGACAAAAUGUGGAGAGAAGAGGAGGCUCUAACGAAGAACCAGACACUUCUCACCAUGUAAAUAACACUUACUCUCUAAAGAUAAUAUUACCGUUCACUUUUGUUGUUCAUCUGAGCUGCCAUUUUGGUGUUAGCUCUUGCUUGAAGAGUGUUGACCACCUGAAUUUGACCCAGAUUUCUAAUCAGAGGGAGAAAGAUGGGUUUAAAGAAUCCAUUGGCACCAAGAGGACAGUGGUGGCAGGAUAGUGAAAGCACAUUGCCCCACUUACUCUUACUUGCAACAUUUAUACGCCUUCGGAACUCUUCCAAAGAUUUCUUAUGCAUAUGGGGGCCUUGGGACUUACGUAAUUUUUAAACUAAUUUUGCCAAUCAUCAGUUACUCCUUUGAGAUCAUUUUAUUUUAAGCACUCUUAGGGCUAAAAUGAAUGUCUAAAACUGUUUUUGUUGUUGUUGUGUCUGCUUUGAUUGAUAAAUGGAAUUCUUGAG